UUACUUCAUAGCAUCAGAAGAAAUAGUUUUAGCAGUUUGAUCAAGUUACUCCAUUCGUAUUACACCGUCACAACUAACUACUUUGGCGGUUGGAUAAAGUCAUAUGUUCAGAAGAUAAACUAUUCAAUCAGUUCUUUUAUUAUCAAGAUAGUCAUGUAUUCUAGUUAUUUAUCUCUAAUACCUAAGUAUUGGUUUCGAAGUCAUUCAACCAACUUCCAUUAGAGUAAGUGGAGGAAUCAAAUUGCAUUGAAAUAUGAAUUCUAACAAACCAAAAUUCAGAACUCAUUAUGCUAAUUUCAUCGUAAAGAGAAGCAUGAAACUAACAACAUUUCCAUCUUAAUUAUAAAAGAAGGGGAAACAAAAGGAGGUCAUGGCAAAAGAUAUUCAAGCUCACAUAUCUCUGUGAGGAAUGAUAAACGAAGGUGAGGAAACAUCAUCAACUGAGCAAGCAAACAAUUCUGAGUUGAAAAUGUCAUUGCUUCUUUGCAAGAAGAAGAAAUGGUUCUCAUGGUGGAUGGCAAACGAUAAUAGUGACAUAGGCAAGUCUGGAGUUUGGUUUGGAUGACUUACAACUGUUCACAGCAACAAAAGCAAAGGUUAUUGGUAUCUUAUAUCCAUCAUCAAGGCAUAAAAAAUCAAGGUAAAACAGAAAGCAAUAUGAUGAAUGAAACCAAUAACCAGCAACAGAGGUUGUUUCUGAGGAAGGAAAUAUGGGAAACCUCUUUAAAAUGGGGGCUAAAAGCUGAUAUCAAGAGUAUGCAUCUUCUCUGCAUGUACUUAGAAACAACCUAACUUAUAAAGAAUUAAUAUCCCCCUUCAAGUCGAUUCAAGUCACCAAAUCACAAUUAGCACAAAUAGUAUAAUCAAUCUGCAAGAGUACCAUUUUGAGAAAACCAAUGUUCCAAUCUGAUGAUAGCUGCUACCAAAUCUGGGGUUUCGAACUCUAGAAAACCAAAUGCCUGAGCGAUACAGACCUAUUCCCAAUAAGGAGGCCGCCCAGAUUCGCAAAACCAAAAAAUGCAAUCGAAUGAACAAAAAAAGAAAAAGAACUGCAUUUACCGUUUCUAUUACCUUGGAUGAAGAAUGGAAGAAUGACAAUCACUAGUUCUAAUUUUGUCUUAAUUUAAUUGGAGUUCCAUCUUACCUCUUCUGGGUUUUACUCGAUAUUGACAGUAGGGCCUAGGGGGCCUUCCUUCCCAGCGAUUCAUCAUCCGUCACACAUAGACUUUUCUUUCGGAUCAGAAGAGGGGGCAGAGAUGGUGAAGUGGAAUUCUUCAUCAAUUGAUUGUCGCCGCUGUCGUCAUCUCCCUUCCUUCAGUUCUUGUACACCGUUGCGGGUGGGUUCAGAGCAGGAAAAGAAGGGGAAAUCAAAGCUCUCAAACCGCAAUUGAUUGAUUCCACUCGAUUGAGAAGAAGAGAAAUGGAGCCAUCGUUUCUUCUAUAUUGUUAUCCGAUGUCGUCUUCGUUGUCAAUCGCCGUUAUCAUUCGUCGCCACCGUCUCCCGUCGGCGUGCCGUCCAAUGGGUUUAGGGAGGUCAGAGAGAGGGGAAAUCAAACGCCGCUCCGGAAAAAGGAAUCGCCGACUAAGCCAACCAGUGCUCUUCUUUAAUUUGAUUGAGAGAGAGGGGAGAAGGAUCGGAGAAUGAAAAAGAGAAUAAGGAGAGAGGUGAGAGUUGAUUGCCCAAAAAGUGAGAAGAAGGGUCUAAGCGGAGAAUGAAACAUAGAGAGGAGGAGAGAGGAGGAAUAACAUCAUAAUCCAACGACUAAAAUUAGCUACACAAAUAAUUAAUCAAAGGUUAUGUUUGAUCUGCCCAAAGAGGUAUCCAUGGGUUUAAGUUAGGACUAACAGCAGCAGAUCAUUGCAUCUCCGUGAACACUACCGCGAAAAUUUUGUAGUGAACCGUAACUCCGAAUUUUUUGAAACUUGGGACUUAAUAAUUCUAACUAUAACCUUCUUUAUUUCCUUAAUCUCCAAUAAUCCUAUCAUAUGUUACUAUUUUCUGUUAUGGAAACCCUAUAACAACUAGAUCCAUAGUUCUUACACUACAAUCCCUCUCUAUUACAAUGAUACCAGAAUAAUUUAGUCAGAAGCUUAAACAACAGAACCCCCUUCAUGAUACAGUCCGGUUCUAAAUGUACUUUAAUUUUUCGAUCUCUGCAUGCACUUUCCGGCUUCCUGGAUGCGUCUCAUGAUCAACAACAAAAUUUCUUUACUCCCCGCAAUCUUGCUAAUGAGAUUGGGAGCUCUUUUGUUUUUUUUUUUUUUUUUGUAACGUAACCAACAGCACUGUUGGGGAAUGGAUACCCAACAACAUUACAACACAAGACAAUAUAGUCUGUAGGGUUGGGGUUUGGUGGGGGUGGGGGUGGGGGGCUCUUUUUAGUUUUAGCCCUUACCUAACAAACUACACGAGUAGGCACUUUCCAAGAAAAGACAAAAGUUGUCCGCCCGUCCACGAGUAACAUACAAGAUCAUAAAAAUCAUGCAAAUGCAUACAAUUGUUAUAGCCGACAUAAUACAUUGUCUAUCCUCAAAGAUGCUUACUCUCCCUCUACUUUCUAGUACCCAAGGUUACAAAAUGAUUCCUCUUAUGAUCGACGUAUCUUUUUCGACGUACCGGUACCUCAAACCCCAAAAAUCAACGAAAGCAAUGAAUCGAAGAGAACUACAAUGACUCAAUUUUUCUUUUCCAACGAAUAAAGAAAAAUAAAUUUAAGCAGAGUUUCAGUAAGAAAAAUCUUGUUGAAAAAACUUCACUCAUAAAACCAGAGGGGUUGUUGCUAUUUAUUAAAAAAAAAAUGAAGGGGGUGCAUGCGAAGGCAGGAAACUCAUCGGUUGGGUGCAUGGUUGAGCCCGAACCAUUGCUUUGGUUCGUUCAAAAAUAUCCAACCAUUGCAUUGAUUCGUCACAUGGAAGUUGAAACUGUUGCUUCAUUUAAACCACCACUUCGAUUUGAUUCGGUUCAUCCCAUUUUGGUUCCGUUGGUUACCAAAACCAAUUUGACCUUUACCAUAUCUCAUCAAUGUAGUACUUUAAAGAGUUUUUUUUAACUAUUUAUCAUUUCAUUCCCAUGCACAACAUAAAAAAUCCAAACACAAUCCAGUUCACAAUUAGUGUAGUUUCAUCACCUCUAUCGUCGGUCUCUGCUUCAGAUCCAUCUGCAGUUAAAAUGCAAGCUCUCUCAGACUAUAGUUAAAUGGUCAUUCUAUUGUUGUUAGCUGCGGUGGCACAUUUAGGUCCAAGUCCCAUGAUUGCGCUAAGGUGUUCCAUACGAAAUAAGAUCUCUCCGCCUUUCCCUAGCUAGCUCAGUUGUCUAUCAAACUAAAUUUGAUUAAUAUUAUCAACAAAAUGGUAGGUGACCUGUUUGCUUCAGUUGGCAAGUAAGUACACCUUUCUUAUAGUAUUCUUUUGGGUCUUGUGUGUAAACAAGUUGCUCGGUUAAAGGGUUGAUCAUGAUUGACAUAAACAUGCCAACAACUAUGUAGUAGGAUAUAUUGGGAAAUUGUAUUGCACUCUGACAUGCUACUAAUAAUUGUCAACUAGAUAGUACUGUUUUUCCAACAAGGAAGGAGAAGCAAGCAAAGCUGGAGCUACAUAAAAGAUUGAUUAUUAUUGUGAAACCAAUUGUUUUCUAAUCAUUUGGAAAAGGAUAUACAUUUUGCACCCAUGUGGGCAGGAAUAAGUCUCCUCAUAGUUUAUUUAAAAAUAUAAGGUUUUCAUUUCAAUUUCUUUUUUUUUUUUCAAUCGGAGAUCGAUGUGGCUUAUUGUCCAACUAGUUUUUGUCCCAGCUGAUAAACGAAAGGGGAAAUGUUGAGGGUUUCAUUCCAUCAAUGGGUUUCUCCUACUAGAUAAUGAUUUACGAAUUGAUCGCCUAUUUGAUGUUGAAUCUUACUCUUCAGUCUUCAUGUAUCUCAAAGCUAAAAUGAUUUUUCAACACUUCUAGUUGCAACGGAUUCAUUAAUUCUUUUCAAUCUAAUAAAUCUCUCAUCAUUCUUAACCCAAUGGUAAUAAUUCUCGAAGGCCCGGAUGACUAGAUUGGAUGGGUUCUCACAAGACUAAAAAAAUGGAGAAGAAGAUGGAAUAUCCUCGAGUCGAGAAGGCUGCUUUUUUAUUGGUGUGUUCGAUUGAGAGGAGACCAACACUAAAUGAAUAUUGGUUUCGAUUGUGGUGUAAUGGAUAACAUCUCCUUUGAUAUAAUCACAAGGUCAAAGACUCGUGCAAACUCGAAACAACUACAAGAAUUUUUUCCUUAAAUUUUAGCUGUGUCCCAGAUGGUCUGCCCCAACUUUGGCUAAAUGGUCACAAACAUUACUUACUGCUCAGGUCGUGAAGUAUGGCGCAUAAGAUCAAGGGAUGUUUGCUUGAACCAUUUCUAUGAGUCAUUCGAUACCAAAUGACUUUGUUUGCUAACAAAAAUUGUAUGAGUCGUUUCGUUUAUACGAAAGUCUCAAAUGACUCAUCCAAAUAAUAUAUUUUGUUGGUUAAAAAUGAUUUUGCUUACGUGGAUAGUUAUAUUAGGAUAAACAACAAGACAAUGAAACAUAUUAAAUGUAAUGGCAAAAUAUUAACAUUGUACAAAUGACUCAUCCUCAAACUUUUAAACAAACAAUACUUUUGUAAACAUCUACAUUUCUCAAAUGUCUAUAUUUGAGUUAAUGAAUCAUUUUGUAAAUGCUAAUUCCGUGGUAAUCUAGGCUUACUCCCAUAAGAAAUUAAAUAAACUAAUUAUUUUAAUUUACGUGCAUUAGAUUUACCUAUAUCAUAAAAUUAUGUUGUUUAUAUCAACAAUAUGUAAUUCAUUGUGCAUGAUAUUACAUCACAUGUAUCUGUAUCUUUUUCUGAUCUAAUAAAUUUAUAUAUUCGAAAAUUAUUAUCAAUCAGUAUAAAAAGACAAGUGUUUGAAACCAACGUUUAUGUGAAUAAAUGUUCAAAUAAUUCAUUUUUUCUUAUCAUUUAUUGUUUAUCUUCAAGGUUCGAAUCAAAAUCAGAGUGUGAUGAAUGUUUUAAUAGUUCUUACCCCAAAUAUUUGAGAUAAUAUUUACAAUUUUAGAUGUAUCCAAAUAUUUGACUAAUAUACAAGAAAAAUGAUAUUUUUUCGGCCUCCCAAUAUUACCCAAGAAGAGAAUACCUUGCGAUUGCAAUUGGAGAUUAGGAUGCUGCGGAAGAUGACUAGCCGCAAAGAUAUGAUUGUGGAAAGUAGGCUGGGAACGGUGCGGUCUGGUCCAGACCAGAUCAUAUACACGGUCUAUGGUCCAGACCGAGAGGCUAAAGUAUAGACCACAGACCAGACCACAUAUAAUUAUAUGGUCCGGUCCAGACCACGCCUGUGCGGUCUGGUCUGGUCUAGAUAGACCACACUCAACGAAAAAUGAAUAAUUUGUUUAGUCAACCACACAGAAAAUUGAACCAAUAACCAAGAAAAAUAAUUGUUAUUUUCCUUAAAACAUUAAUCCUAACAUGCAUGAAUAAUUUUGAUACUCUAAAUCUUAGUACAUAACAAAGAUACAAAGUAAAAACAUCCCAGCUUGCACCAUUACGUCAUAAACAUUAACAUAAUGUCAUAUGGAGACACUAUUAUCUCUACUCUCUGGUUAAAUGUGGUUGUGAAUGAAGGAGGGAAGAGAUUCACAAAAUUAAGGUUGAGACUUGGGUGUCGUUGUGGGAGUUUGGAGAGUGGUCGAAUGGGCUGUUAACACGUAUUGACAAGUUAGUUGGGUCCACGGUUUGGUUCGGUAAACCACGGUCUAGAGCAGACCAGACCAAGAGAUCAAAUCAUAAAAUAAUACAGACCAUGGACCAGACCAGACCAUACUUCACGGUCCGGACCAAACUGUGCGGUACGGUUUGGACCACGGUUUUCUAACGGUCUGGUCUAUUUUCCCAGCCCUAGUCGAAAGCAAGUCCGCAAAACCAAAUGAUUAGGACCCUUUUUAACAAACUAAAUUGACUGAUUAACAAUCAUAUAAGCUCAUUAGAUACCGCGAUAACAGCCGUUCAGACGACCGGCAAAUGAUAAUUGUGCAUUUAUUAUUUAAUAUUAGAGAUAAAAAUAUGGGCAUUUGGAAUACAAAAUAGUUCUUUUCUGGAUACGAAAAUCUCCGCCGAACAUACUGCUCUGUUUCUUUCAGUAGGUCUCUGAAUGGCCAUGUCGCAUUGUCUCCAUCUCAACCAAUCAGUUUACUCCCAGAAAAAUGUUUAGUUUAAGGGAUUGAUACCUUAAUGUUGCAAAAAUAAGGAAGAGAGAAAAAGGUAUCGGAGACCACAUCCUUCAUUGGAGUACUGCCAAAAGAGCAGAUGUGCCAAACACCUAUUCAUCAAUGUAACUAUACCCUCAGGUCCUCUGAAUUUAGCCUAGUCGACUAUUUGGUCCCUUAACUCCUGAAAUUACGCUAAUAUGAAUUGCAAGGAUUGAAAUUGUCACGAGAUACCUACAUUGAGGUUCGCACUAUGUUAUUCGAACAAUAAGAUGAAACGCCGUAAUUUGAGUCGUUUUAUGAUAUGUGUCUACAAGUGUUGAGCAAAAUUAGAAGAAUGAUAGGACUGUAAGUUGUUAGUUGUUGGAAUUAGAAGUUCAGAAUUCAGAGUUUUUUAUUUAAAAUAUAGGAUUUUCCCAUCUCUUCCAAUCCUAGUUUUGUUCAUUAAAAAUUGUGAUAUAUGUUUUAUUUAUGGUCUAUUCUCAUUUCAGUCGUGCCUUCGUCACGGUUGCAGAGGAUCAAAAGGAAUGAAUUGAGAUUUUAAUUUAAAAUUUGCCCCUCUCCCCAACUGAUUAAAAACUGUGACAAUAAUUAUCUUAUUUUUAAUCGGUUCUCAUUUUGAUUAUGAAUUUGUCAGGAUAACUGUCUUACAGAGGACCAAAAUGAAUGAAUUGAAAACUAGCGGUGAGUAGCCUGGUUUGUAGACCUUAUUGGGGGAAACCCCAUAUAAUUAACCCAAUACAAUAAUGCAAGGGAAUGGAGACAAAUCAACUAGCCAACUAAUGACAAUGAUAUUACUAAUUAACAAUUGAAUAGAAACAAUUCACACGUGGGUUAGAGAGGAAUUUGAUUUCAUACUUCCGCUCCAAACCCCUUACCCUGUUAUAUAGACACCAGAAAUUAGCUAGCUUUGUGUUAUGCUCUUCUUACAAAAAUUAAUCUCUCAUCAGCUUAGGGUCCUCUUCAUACAUCUCUGCCUCUCAUGGAUAGCAAAUGGUUCAUGAACGAAUUGGAAAUGGAGGAUUACAAGUUCUUCCAACACUGCGACACAAUCAACUCCCAGCUGCAAGACGACGAGUUCAACACCAACCCACCAACGCAGCUCCACGUGGCUGCUGCUGCUGCUGCCGGCGGCGAAUCCCUUUCCAGCCUCCAGCCAUCUUUCUCUUCCGAGAGCUACUCAUCUUACUCCGGCGCCACCUUCCAUCACACGACCCCAAACGUUGCCGUUUCCACCAUGGUCCCGGCCGCAACCAGAAGCGGCUCUAAUUCCAUGAACGAAACCUCACAGCAGAGCUACGACCAUCAUCACAGCCGGCCCGCCAAGCAGCAGAAGAGGACCAACAGUUGGAGCUCGAGCGUGACGACCGACCACCACCACAACCACAUCGAUUUCUCUUCCUCCCACACCUCCCAAAUGCUCUCCUUCGACAACAACAACAACGCCAACUCUUCCUCCCUCCUGCCUUUCUCCAGAAACAACAACAGUUCAGACCCCACGGUCCAGCCCAAAGACGAGGCUGCUGCUGCUGACUUGCUUUUCCAUCAUACUGCCAAUCUCAUGAUUCCGAACAGGAACAGCUACAACAGCAGCGACCCAUUUGAGAACACCGUCUACGCUCCAAAGGGUAUGAUCAAGACUCGUCCUUUCUCGUCCAUGGCGGCAACCACCACGAGAAGCCCUUCCCACGCUCAAGACCACAUCUUGGCCGAGAGAAAGCGCCGGGAGAAGCUCAGCCAGAGGUUCAUUGCUCUCUCUUCCAUCGUCCCUGGCCUCAAGAAGAUGGACAAGGCUUCGGUGCUUGGGGAUGCAAUAAAGUACGUGAAGCAUCUCCAGGAAAAGAUAAAGCAGCUGGAGGAGCAGACCAAGAAGAGGACGGUGGAGUCUGUGGUUCUGGUCAAGAGAUAUCACCUCCCUGCUGCGGACGACGACGAUGAUCACUCUAAUUCUUCUUCUAAUGAUGACGCCGACGACGAUGCCAGACGCAAAUCAGUACUGGACAAGGGAUGCUCCGAUUCCACGCUGCCGGAGAUCGAAGCGCGGGCGUCGGAGAGGGACGUGAUGAUCCGCAUCCACUGCGAGAAACAGCCUGGCGUGCUCGCCAAGGUCCUGAGCGAGGUCGAGUCGCUCCGUCUCUCCAUCGUCAAUAGCAGCGUGCUGCCCUUUGGGAACUCCACCCUCGACAUCACCAUCGUCGCUCAGAUGGAUGGUGAGUUCUCCAUGAAAGUGAUUGAGCUGGUGAAGAAUCUGAGGCUGGCGUUUCUCAAGUUCAUGUGACGUGACACACACACACACACCCGCUUUGGAUUCUGCAGAGGAAGGUUGUCGUCCUCCUAUGUUUGUUUGUAUGGAUUUCUUGUUCAUGUUUUCAGGAAGAAAUACUUGGACUAACUGGAUCUGUGGAACCAAGCAUGUACGCCAAAUCAAUUGUUUAAGGUUUA